GGUUUCAUUCAGUUUAAAGCACUUUAGUUGGAACUUAAACAAAACAGAUUCUUUACAUCAUUUAAACAUCAUUUAAGUUCCAACAUUUUGACCAAAACUCAUUUUAAUUCAACCUGUUGAAGCCAAGAGAGACACAUCAUGUUAAACAGCUGAUCUGUGUGAGCACCACACACACACACACACACACACACACUCACACUCACUCACACACACAGUUGUGUUUCCGUCACUUUCGGGGACAUUACAUUCACUUACAUUCAUUACCUGGAGACUUACCCUAACCUUAAACCAAGUCUUCACCCUAAAGUUUGAUGAUUUCAUUAUAGGGACGUACAUUUUGUCCCCACAAUGUGACUGUGUAAACAAAUUUCUGUCCCCACAACAUUAGUAAUACUUGCCCACACACACACACACAGAUAAACUCACCUGAUUUCUGGUGCUGAGAGGGGCGGAGCAACACUGACCAGGUGAUCCAGGUACAUAAGAACAGGGAGGGAACCUGAAGCUGAAAGUGUUCAGUCAGGUCAGGUCAGACUCCAUUUUGAGUCGACAGAGCAGAAGGAGGAAACUGAAGGCUGAGGCAGGACUGACUGAAGGCCAGAAGAUGAGUGUUUGUGUGGAGGAAGAGGAGGACAGAGCAGAGUCUCCAGGAUCCAGCUGUCUGUCUCUGAAGAGUGACUGGUCCAAAGGUUUUCCUCCAGACUUCAGUAAUGAACCUGGACCCUCAGACACAAAAGAGAGGAAGAGGAGUCCUGCUUCUGUGGAGGAGCAGCCGUCCUGCUGUGCUUUGUGUCAGGACGUCCUGAAGGAUCCGGUCUCUACCAGCUGUGGACACUGGUUCUGCAGACGGUGCAUCACCUCAUACUGGGACCAGUCUGCUUCAUCAGGAGACUCCUCCUGUCCCCAGUGUGGAGACAGAUCCAGAACAAGACCUGGACUGCAGACAGCCCAUCAGACCAGCACUGUACAAACUGAUAGUGGUCUGCAGGAGGUUUUAGAUGAACAUAAGAUCAGUCUGAGGAGGAGAUGUGAACAUGUGACUGAAGGAAGUGAUGAAACAGGAAGUGGAACCCUCCUCAACAGGAUCUUCACUGAGCUCUACAUAACAGAGGGACAGAGUGAAGAGGUUAAUACCCAACAUGAGGUGAGGCAGCUUGAGGCAGCUUCCAAGAUGGAGACCCUCCAUGACACUCCAAUCAAGUGCCACGACAUCUUUAAAGCCUUACCUGGCCAACAGGGACACAUCAGAGUCGUUCUGACGAACGGCGUUGCUGGCGUUGGAAAAACCUUCUCGAUGCAGAAGUUCGCUCUGGACUGGGCAGAGGGCUUGGAAAACCAAGACGUCAGUCUGCUGAUUCUGCUUUCGUUCAGGGAGCUGAACUUGAUCAGAGAUGAGCGGUACAGUCUUCUCGAGCUGCUCCAUGUUUUCCAUCCAACAUUACAGAAGGUCACAGCAGAGAAGCUCGCUGUCUGGAAACUUCUGUUCAUCUUUGACGGCCUGGAUGAAAGCAGACUUUCACUGGAUUUCCACAACAAUGAGGUCGUGUCUGAUGUCACACAGAAGUCAUCAGUCAACGUGCUGCUGACAAACCUCAUCGAGGGAAUCUGCUUCCCUCGGCUCGUCUGGAUCACUUCCCGACCUGCAGCAGCCAAUCAGAUCCCUCCCUUAUGUGUUGGCAGGGUGACAGAAGUACGAGGCUUCACUGACGCCCAGAAGGAGGAGUACUUCAGGAGGAGAGUCAGUGAUGAAGAGCUGUCCAGCAGAAUCAUCUCCCACAUCAAGACAUCCAGGAGCCUCCACAUCAUGUGUCUGAUCCCAGUCUUCUGCUGGAUCACUGCUACAGUUCUGGAGCACAUGUUGACUACAGACCAGAGAGGAGAGCUGCCCAAGACCCUGACUGACAUGUACUCACACUUCCUGCUGGUUCAGACAAAGAGGAAGAAGCAGAAGUAUGUCGAGGGACAUGAGACGAGUCCACAGGAGCUGAUGGAGGCUGACAGGAAGGUUCUUCUGAAGCUGGGGAGGCUGGCGUUUGAACAUCUGGAGAAAGGAAACAUCAUGUUCUACCAAGAAGACCUGGAGCAGUGUGAUCUGGAUGUCUCAGAGGCCUCGGUGUACUCAGGAGUUUGUACAGAGAUCUUCAGAAGAGAGAGUGUGGUCUUCCAGAAAACAGUCUAUUGCUUUGUUCAUCUGAGUGUUCAGGAAUUUCUGGCUGCCCUCUACAUGUUCCACUGUUACACCAACAGGAAGACAAAGGUACUGGAGGACUUCCUGGGGAAAGACUGGAAACACAGAGGCUCAUCUCUGGAUGUCUUCCUGAUGAGAGCCAUGGAGAAAUCCCUUGAAAGUAAAAAUGGCCACCUGGACCUGUUUGUCCGCUUCCUUCAUGGCCUCUCUCUGGAGUCCAACCAGAGACUCUUAGGAGGCCUGCUGGGUCGGACAAAGAAAAGUCCAGAAAUCAUCCAGAGAGCCCUCAACAACCUGAAGGAGAAGAAGACCAGUACCUCUCCUGACAGAAGCAUCAACAUCUUCCACUGUCUGACGGAGAUGAACAACCACUCAGUACAUCAGGAGAUCCAAGAGUUCCUGAAGUCAGAGAACAGAUCAGAGAAGAAACUCUCUGAGAUCCACUGCUCAGCUCUGGCCUACAUGCUGCAGAUGUCAGAGGAGGUUCUGGAAGAGUUGGACCUGGAGAAGUACAACACAUCAGAGGAGGGACGAUGGAGACUGAUUCCAGCUGUGAGGAACUGCAGAAAGGCUGUACUUUCUGGAUGUGGACUCUCAGAGACUCACUGUGAAGUCGUGGCCUCAGCUCUGAAGUCCAACCCCUCCCAUCUGAGAGAGCUGGACCUGAGUUCCAACGAGCUGCAGGAUUCAGGAGUGAAGCUGCUGUCUGCUGGACUGGAGAGUCCACACUGUAGACUGGAGACUCUGAGAUUGAGGGGCUGCAGUUUGUCAGAGAUCAGCUGUGCUUCUCUGGUCUCAGCUCUGAAGUCCAACCCCUCCCAUCUGAAAGAGCUGGAGCUGAGUGAAAACAUCCUGCAGGGUUCAGGACUGAAGCCGCUGUGUGAUUUUCUGGAGAGUCCACUCUGCAGACUGGAGACUCUGAGAUUGAGGCGCUGCAGGUUGUCAGAGAUCAGCUGUGCUUCUCUGGCCUCAGCUCUGAAGUCCAACCCCUCCCAUCUGAGAGAGCUGGACCUGAGUAACAACGACCUGCAGGAUUCAGGAGUGAAGCUGCUGUCUGCUGUAUCAGCUCUGAAGUCCAACCCCUCCCAUCUGAGAGAGCUGGAGCUGAGAGGAAACAACCUGCAGGAUUCAGGAGUGAAGCUGCUGUGUGAUUUUCUGGAGAGUCCACACUGCAGACUGGAGAC